AUGACUGACACUUCGGCCCCCCCCGCCUCUGCGCCUUCCCAGAAUGGCUCUGGCAAUGCCAUGGCCCCUCCUCCUCUGCAUAUUCCUGCCAACAACAAUCCUCUCCCCACUGCCAUCACCUCUCCUAUGGGUGAGAACAGUGGUAUCAUGUCGCCUACGAGCCCUGGUGGAUUCCGACGAGCUGCUCCCGAGCCUAACAAGCGCGCUCUCUACGUCGGUGGUCUUGACCAGCGAGUCACUGAGGACGUCUUGCGCCAGAUAUUCGAGACCACUGGCCAUGUUCAGAAUGUCAAGAUUAUCCCUGACAAGAAUGCCAAGGGCUUCAAUUAUGGCUUCGUCGAGUACGACGAUCCUGGUGCAGCUGAUCGUGCUAUGCAGACGCUGAACGGACGCCGAGUUCACCAGUCAGAAAUUCGCGUCAACUGGGCCUAUCAGGCCAACAGCUCUGGCAAGGAAGAUACAUCCGGCCAUUUCCACAUUUUCGUCGGUGAUCUCUCCAACGAAGUCAAUGAUGAUAUUCUUACCCAGGCCUUCUCCGCCUUCGGUUCCGUUUCCGAGGCUCGUGUCAUGUGGGAUAUGAAGACGGGCCGCUCCCGUGGCUAUGGCUUCGUUGCCUUCCGUGACCGGCCCGAAGCCGAAAAGGCUUUGAGCUCCAUGGACGGCGAAUGGCUCGGCUCUCGCGCCAUCCGUUGCAACUGGGCCAAUCAAAAGGGACAGCCAUCUAUGGCUCAGCAGCAGGCGAUGCAGGCUAUGGGCCUGACACCCACUACCCCCUUUGGCCACCAUCAGUUUCCCACCCAUGGUGUUGGUAGCUACGACGUCAUUCUGGCACAGACGCCUAACUGGCAGACGACCGUCUAUGUUGGCAACUUGACGCCCUAUACCACCCCCAACGACGUUGUCCCUCUGUUUCAGAACUUUGGCUUUGUUGUCGAAUCUCGCUUCCAGGCGGACCGCGGCUUUGCCUUUAUCAAGAUGGAUACUCACGAGAACGCCUCUAUGGCCAUCUGCCAAAUGAACGGAUACAAUGUUAAUGGACGGCCGCUAAAGUGCAGCUGGGGUAAGGACAAGACUCCUAAUCAGGGGUUUGAUCCUUCCCAGCCUUACAGCCCCCAAAGCGCCCAAGGUCCUGGUUUUCCCGGCUCUUACUAUGCUCAGUACGGUGGUGAGUACCCCCGAAACCCAGGUUCACAGUGCAGUGCUGAUGCAAUAUCGUCAGCAGCCCAGUACGGUGGUCAACCAGGAAACUACCCAGCCGCUCAGACAGGCUCUCCUGGUGGCUUCGCUGGAUCUCCCAUGGGUUACAACGCGCCUCCACAGAGCGCUGGUGGCUACGGCCGUGGUCAGCCUCCCAAUGCUGGCCAGUGGACACAGCCUCCUGGUCAGUUUGCGGGCUACCAGUCUUGA